AUGGCCGUUCUCACCGAGCUGCUCGACACCCCCUAUCUGGUGCAGGGCGUCUGCGUCGCCCUUGCGCUCGUCUUCGUCUCCAGCUUCUGGAAGGAUGUCUCGGAUGAAAUCCCAUACGGCCGCGUGCCGUUGGUGGGCAAGAGCUGGUGGGACCUAAGCAACCAAAAGGCCAAAUCUCGUUUCACCAGCUCUGCACGGGCAUUGAUUGCCGAAGGCUUCGCAAAGGGCAUCAAUGUUUUCCAAGUGAUGGGUGCCACCAGCCCGUUGAUUGUUCUUCAUCCCAAGUACAUCGAUGAGAUCAAAAGCCACCCGCACCUCGACUUUGAGGGUGCUACACAAAAGGUUGAUCGCAUACUCCGAAUGCUUGUGACUGGACUAAUUCCUUAUCAGAAUUUCUUCGAUGAUCGGAUUCCCGGCUUCGAACCGUUUCACUCGGCGGGUGCUGGCAAGGUUAUCCUUGACACGGUCCGGAUCAAGUUGACCCAGGCGCUCGGCUCUUUGACAAUCCCACUUUCUAGGGAGACGGCCGCGACAGUCAAAGAUACCUUCCCUCCUUCGAACGACUGGAAGACAUACAACUUCUUCCAAAAGGUCCCGUAUAUGGUCGCCCGGGUCUCGACACUUGUCUUCAUGGGCGAAAACACCUGCCGUGACGAGGACUGGAUCAAUGUCUCGGUCAACUACACCAUCGACGCCUUCAUGGCUGCCCGCGAGCUGCGCCGGUGGCCAUCCAUCCUGCGUCCGCUCGCGCACUGGUUCCUGCCGACAACACAGAAGCUGCGUAAGCACCUGGCCGUCGCACAUUCCAUCGUCGACCGAGAGAUCGAGAAGCGCGAAAUGAUCCGCGCCGGCAAGCUGCCCCAGGAGGACCCGCCUCGCACCCAUACCGAUGCUCUCGACUGGUUUGAGGAGCUUUCCACGGCGUACAACCAGCCCAUGGAUCGAUCCAGGGGCCAGAUUGGAUUGUCCGUGGCGGCCAUCCAUACCACUUCGAACUUACUGACCAACAUCUUGUACGAUUUGGCGGCGUAUCCCGAGUAUAUUCAACCGCUGCGAGAUGAGAUCUGUGCUGUUGCUGCUGAGGAUGGAGUCUUCAAGAAGACCAGCCUGCUCAAGUUGAAAUUGAUGGAUAGCGUGAUGAAGGAGUCGCAGCGAGUCCACCCCGUGAGCAUGACCUCCAUGAACCGACUUGCCCUCAAAGAAAUCCCACUCUCCGAUGGCACGGUCAUCCCCAAAGGCGCAACCGUCGUAGUAUCAGCACACGUCAACGAAGACGAAUCCAUCUACCCAAACGCGCACACUUACGACGGCUACCGCUUCUACAAGAAGCGCCAAGAGCCCGGCAACGAGCACCGAUUCCAACUAGUUACAACCACACGCGAGAGCUUCGGAUUUGGCCACGGCGUGCACGCGUGUCCGGGCCGAUUCUUCGCGGCGAACGAGUCCAAGAUCCUGCUCAUUCACCUGCUGCUCAAAUACGACUGGAAGUUCAAGGAGGACCGCGGGCGGCCCAAGAACUUCGAGAACGGUACGGAGUCCAUUACCGACCCGACAAUCGAGAUGUUGAUCCGUUCUCGUGUGCCGGAGGUCGACCUAGCUGCGCUUGGGGAGUGA